CCGGAAGUGUCUCCCCAUAUGACGUCAUUCCGGUUCCUCCCAGCUGAAAUAGUGAAAUAUUGUUUUUUACAAACAAAAAAGCACCAUGGGGGUAAUUGUACACGAAUACCGAGUUGUUCUGCCCAUGACAGUGGAGGAGUACCAAGUGGCACAGUUAUAUUCCGUCGCUGAAGCCAGUAAAGAAAACACCGGUGGUGGGGAAGGUAUUGAGGUUCUUGUUAAUGAACCAUUUGAAUUGAAAAGUGAGGAUGAAUGUCAGCAACAAAUUGGCGAUGACAAAAAUGACAGAGUACCAGAAAAACCAUUGUUUGCCAAUGGACAAAAAUUUCUUAAAGGACAAUAUACUCAUAAAAUAUAUCACCUACAAAGUAAAGUGCCCGGGUUUAUCAGAGCGAUAGCACCGAAAGGUUCCUUAGAAAUUCAUGAAAAAGCUUGGAAUGCAUACCCAUACUGUAGAACAAUAGUCACUAAUCCAGGUUAUAUGAAAGAUGCAUUUUUCAUCAAGAUUGAGACAAUGCAUUACGCAGACCGAGGGAAUACAGAAAAUAUACAUGGGCUUACAGGGGAUGAUUUACAAAAGAGAAAUGUAACAACUAUAGAUAUAGCAAAUGACCCUGUUUCCUCUAAGGAUUACAAGAAGGAGUUUGAUCCUAAAAUUUUUAAAUCAGAAAAGACGGGACGAGGACCACUGGAUAAUAAAGACUGGAUAAAAUCAGUGGACCCUGUUAUGUGUGCUUACAAAUUGGUCACCAUAAAGUUUAAAUGGUUUGGACUUCAGGGAAGAGUAGAAUCUUUUAUCAAUAGACAAGAACACCGUCUAUUUACAACGUUUCACAGACAGGUGUUUUGUUGGACGGAUAAAUGGCAUGGGAUGACAAUGGCAGAUAUACGUGCCAUAGAGGAAAAAACUAAGGCUGAAUUAGAUGAGCAAAGAAAACAUGGUGAACUAAGAGGAAUGAAGGCUGAAGAUUGAUACCGGAACAUAAACUUAGGGCAGCUUAAUGAAUUACAUGUUAGCAUGGAGAAGUUGAUGUCUAUAAUUAGGAUAAGCCUGUGAUACUUUUCGUCUGGAGGUUGUUUUACACAGAAUUCCUCCGCCGCCGUCUCACAUGCAAAUCUAAUCACCACAGAAGCGAACAUUUUUUUUUUCAUGAAAAGCUGAAGAUAUAGGGAAAAUUUGAUCCAUUUUAGUUGAGAAAAUUCCAUUUUAGUUGAGAAAAUGAGUCUGAUUGAUUUUGAUAAUGCUUGUUAAACAAUUUUGACUAUGUUGUUAUGGUAGUGUUUAGAAGAAAAACUUUUUGUUUAGAAUUUUGAAAAAGAAAAAAAAUUAUAUUUUAAGUGUCUUUAUUUUCACAGUAUUCAUUGCAAAUGUGGUUUUUUUAUUUAUUUAUUUGAAACUUACUGAGUGUAAUUUAGAAUUUGUUUAAUCCAUUCUCUUGCUUCACAAUGCUGUAUCUGUUUUAGUGAAAAGUACAAAGUGUUAUUUUUACAAACACCAUUUCCUGUUUAAAGAAAUAGUAAAUUGAAUGUUAAACCUUUAUGAUUAAGUUUAUGGCUGAUCUCUUGCUGUAUUGUUGCUUAUUGUUUUCCUGACAGAUUUGUUUAUUUUGUUAUCAGAGUUGUCCCCCUUCGCAAUACAUUUUCAGUACCUCAACAUUUCAGGUUUAGUCUUUCAUUGUCUGAAUUCCUGCAAUUUUGACACAUUAUGCUUUGGUUGUUCUUUUUUUUUUCAUUGAAACAUUCCAUGUGUGAUGUUUGUCCUUUUCAUUCUUUUUCUUUUCUGUUUGCAUAAGAAUUUCAAUAAAAUUGCAGGGUUUGUAUAUAAGUAACAAUAUAUACAUUUUUCAGAAAUGUCCUAUUAGAAUGUAUAGUGUAAAGGAAGUCCUCAUCUUUCUGGGGUGCAUCUGUCGUUGCGUAAUUAUGGUUACUGACUUCUAGUUAACUUUAACUUCAUGGCAGUGGGUUCUAAAUCACCUUUCGAGUGAAGAAUGUUUUCUUAUAGGGAACUAUCAAGUUGGGUUAAUUAAAGGGCCAUGGGUUUUAUCAGUGGUGCUAUCCAGUGCCUGCGUGCACUUGAAAUAAUGCUGAGAUUGGGACCCACUGAAAACUUGCAUAUACUAUCAAAAACAUUUUUGUCCGUGCUACUUAAAACCCAACAGCUCCUCUCCCAACCCACCCUCAAUUAAAACCAAAACAAAAAAUUAUGAAUUUUUCAAAGCAAAUACAGCAAGAGAUCAAUACCUGAAUGUUGAGUGCAAUUGUAUAUUUCCCCACAAUACACCAAACAAAGGUUCUAUUUCACUGGUUUACUUGGACAUUUGGACAUAAGUGUAAAUUAGUACUUUAUUAAAUAAAUGUUUAGAACUACACGAGAGUAUACAUGUCUGGUCGUAGUUUAAGGUGAUGAACAUAAUGAUCAGUUAUAUGUCACAUAAUUUUAAUUUGAUUGGUAGUAGGCCAUCUUUUAAGAACAUUUUGUUUGACAUGUAUUUACUUCAAAAUGCAUAUAUGUGUGUUUCACUGACAUACUAGAUGAGGACAGGUUCCAAGCUACAAUUGUUAAGAUGUUUAAGUGAAAUUUCAACAAAAGUUUUGUUUAAAAAUGUACAAUAUGUUUAUAAAUGUAUAAAAAAUUAGAAUGUGUGUAACUGCUGGCCAAUAACCUUAUUAUUUGUUUAUCUCUUUAAGGGGGCAUACAUCCAAAUUUGUCUCAGUUUUUUCAUCUUAAAGGGGCAUAAAUCCAAAUCUAUGUCAGUUUUUAAAAGAAAAUUGAUAAAAGUUAUUCAACUGGUAGCAGUUAUAAACAAAGUAAAGCCAAGUUUCUAGGCUGUACUUGUUGUGUUUAUUGUAUAUUUGAAAAUUUUUCAGAAGGGUUAGUAAUUCAGUAAGAAUUUGACCUGAUACUGCUGUGUAUUAGCUGUACAUUGUAUCAUGCUUGUAAAAUAGUAGGUGCCACUGUGGCUGUGUGGUGAAGGUUGCCAACUUUUAGUAGGUGCCACUGUGGCUGUGUGGUGAAGGUUGCCAACUUUUUUAAACCUUGCUUUGGGUGGAGAAUUUUUUAUAGAGUGCUGAUGAUUCUACCAAGGCGCUCGUUCAUUAGUGAAAUACUGCUCUGAAUGGCACAUGGUGUCUUUGUUUUGUUAAAAUAAGCCACGCCAUGAGAAAAAUAACAUAAUGCAUUUGCGACUAGCAUGGAUCCAGACCAGCCUGCGAAUUCUGGUCAGGAUCCAUGCUGUUUGCUUUCAGAGCCUAUUGCAAUUAGAGAAACCGUUAGCGAACAGCAUGGAUCCUGACCAGACUGCGUGGAUGCGCAGGCUGGUCUGGAUCCAUGCUGGUUGCAAAUGCAUUAUGUUGGUUUUCUCAUGGCAUGGCUCAAAUAAUGCCCCUUUUUAACAUAGAAAUUUUGUGAAAAUUUGCAUAUAAGCAUGUUUCUCAGGAACUAGUUGACCAAAUAUUUUCAGAGUCUCCAACAGCUUUGGCAUCAUGAGAUGAUCUUACAUGGCAAGUUUCAUAACUCUUGCUUACAUUUUGACAAAAUUAGGCCAUUUUUCAAGAUAAUCUUGCUAGAAAUUCUUAACGCUUUUCCCAAUACUGUUGUUGUGUAUAAUUGACAUGCUAAGUCUUUUAGUCCAGGUAAAUAUUUGAUACAUUCAGAGUUUGAAUUAUUCGUUCUUGUUAGUUAAGUUAGACAUUACAGACGUACAGAUAAUCAACAAUUGCCUAAAAAUUAUGUUUCCGAUUUGUACACAUGUUUUAUAAUUUUUGCUCACCUUCCUCAAAUGUGUUGUUAUAUUGUUUUAUUUAUAUUUUCAUCAUAUUUUCUAUAUGUAGGAUGGUUUUUAUGUUAAUCAUGUGCUAAUGUCGCUUCACUGUCGUCUUCAGAUACACAAAAUAAAAUCAUGAUUCUAAUUCAUUGUCUGUCAUAUGAAUAAUUUUUUUUGUUAUCCUUGGUUUGAGGCAAGGAGCAUUAAAGUACGGAUCUCUCCAGUUAAACUAAACUACAGGUAUAAUUUGAUUUGCAAGAAAAGUUGAUCUGCUUUUGUAUCACUUUAAGAUAUCUGGGUUGCAAAAAUUGCUAAAAAAAAUUCCUUUCUCUUAAAAGAGUCUUGGUACAACACUGAGGUUGAUUUCAUUAAAACUUUUAUGUCUGAAAUUACUGGCUUCCAGGAUAACCUUCAAUCAGGCCAGUGGUAUAAGUGGCUGACUUCAAAUACCAUUGAUUUCUGAGCAUAAUAUGAUAUUUUACCUAAUGGAUCACCCAAACCAAAUAAGUGAAAUAAUUACGUAAUCUUCCCAGGUUUAGAUGAUUAAUAACUUGCCCAUACUGCUUAGGGUUUGGGGCCAUGAUUUAUGCUCGAAGUCUUCCAUGUCAAAAAGUCAUCAAGAUAGCUUGCAGGAGGUUAAUAGAUAUCCAAGCGCUGGCCUGUGUCCGCAAAUAAUGCCUGGAUUGGCGCCUGAAGUCUUCCUCUAUAACUAAAUGCUGUAAAGUUAUGAUAUGACCUGAAGAAUUGUAUCAACAUGGCUUGAAAUCUUUACUGUAUGUUUUAGAUAAUACUGAGGACAGGGAGAAUCAAACUGGUAUUUGAUUUCACAUUAAAUCCUCAAUAUUUCAUUAGAGAUUGCCAAAGUUGAAUAUUUAUUGUCUCAUGUAAAAUGUAUAUGUAUAUAUUGCUGCAUUACAUUACUGGAAAUUUCGUAAAUCUGUAUAGACUUAAAUGAUCCAUUAAAUACUCAUUUAAUUCAAAUGAUGCCUGUUUAUUGUAUUUAAAAUUCCCCAUGUUCUUGGGACAUCCCUCUAGUGUUUCCUGCAGACUCUUAAAGGGGCAUGGUGCUUCCUUUGAAAAAGGGCACUUCUAACGCGGUUUGGCAUUGAAAGGGCAUUCGUCCAAGAACGCUUGCCGGUCUCAUUUUUCAUACUAUUUUCUCAUUGAAUUUUAGAAUCUUUCAUAUCUCAGGUAUGGGAUAGAUAUUUUGUAUUAUUCUUUAUAAUGCCUACCAUGUUGUGAAAGUGCUUUCCUUUCUUUUGUUUAAAGAUGACACUGAUGAGUCAUACUUCCAUUCUUAUUUUGUUACCCUCAUGAAGUGUUGGCUUGCAUUUUCAGAGACAGAUAUCAGGUGAUAAUUAAUAAGCAACAAGUUUUAUUGAACAACUAUCAGUGCGCAACUUUAUUUUGUCAAGCAUAUCAUUUCACCACUGAUUUACGUUAAGAGCAUAGGCAGUUCGUCAAAUCUACAUGUAAUCAAUGACUUUGUACCUAUAUUGCUGAUUAAACCCAUUGUUCUUCGUUGCCAGUAAGAUUUAGACGACAGAUCGACUCGGAAAGUUAUAUUUUGCUAGUGUUUUUUGGGCAUGUGAAAACGAAAGUAGAAUGCGAUGUAAAAAGUAUAUGCUGUGAAAUUUGCUAGAUUCGAUCGUCUGCCACUAUUUUUAUCACUCCCACGUUGCUUGGAAUUUUUUGCGAUACAUACAGUGACUGACUAUGAAUCUGUUUUUUCCAUCUAAUCAUACAUUUUUCAGCAAUAUAAACAUAAAUGUGAAUACCUAUGGUUCAUUGCGAGUAGUAACUCAAAAUUUCGGCUUGCUUGACGCAUGCGGCCAUGCACUUUCAUCUUAAAUUUCGGCCUUAUAAAAUCAUUUUGACAAAUUAUUUACGAAAACAAAACUAGGGCCUUGCAUUUUUAGUUUAUUUAUUUAAAUCUCGAUCAGUUUUUAUAACGUUACCGGUUAUUUUCAUACCGAUGUACGUUUUUUCAAAUUUUCAAGAUGGCGGCGACUUCUUCAUCGGCGCGUCAUGAAUGUGCUUUAGAAAGUACGACUUCGUAAUAUUAUAAAUCAAGACAUCGGUCGAUUUUAAUGAAUUUGGUAUCAUUCUAAAGCUUAAACGUUUAUCUUAUUAUUUUUAUAAAUGAUAUCUGUAAAGGAAUAAAAUAAAUCUUGUAGAUAAAAUCGAUAUAAAAUAUUUUGAGUCUGGUCAAUUUUCAUGGGUUGGUCGGCGAUCGGCAAACCUUCAGUAUUUUAUUUUUAAAGGACUAAUUAGCGCAUCGAAAAUGUGCGAUAAUCAAUCUACAUUUUAAAUGAUUACAACCUUUUAAAAUAAUUAUCGUUUAAUUGACCGUUUUCAAUCAUAUCUUCCGUAAAAAGGCUACAUGUAGCUUCACCGUCGACGUGCUAAAAACAACAAAUUUUCAUCUACUGUUCCCAAUUAAACUAUCAUAAAACAGUAAUUGAUUGCAUAAUCCUGUCAGUUCUUAAUCAGGGUCAUUCACGGUUGAUGCACCCACGUGUCGACCUGUUGAUCACAGCCGUUCAUUGACGGUACAAUACACGGAACAUGGCCCACGGACAUUGGCUAUCCAAACUGGUUUUGAAAGGGCACUUGUCAAGAUAAAUGGGAACGUCUCUUUUCAAGAUAAAUACACAAGCUUCAUAGAAUUAAAGGGCACGUGGCACAAACGGGCGGUUUGAAGGGCAGCUUGGCGGCACUUCAAACGGGGCAUGGCGCUGCGCCAUGUUAAAAAGGCCUGCAGGAAACACUAACCUCUCCACCCGUUUUGUUUUUGAUGAUUUUAUAGAUGCUCGAGAAAUAAAUGAAAUGAUGGAUAAUGUAUUUCCUAAUUUAGAUUUGUUUGAAAUCCACAAAAUGGCUAUUUUGGUAGGAAACAGAAGAUUUCACGUCAACAAAAUUAAAUGAUACUGCAGUAGUCAUUCUCAAGUUUAAGGUAGUGGGCUCUAUAGUGACACUCGGCAAAUUCCUGUGUGAUAACAUUCUCCUGUUCUUAAUAUGGCCUUUUCUUUGGAAUAGAUAGAAUUUAAAGUGUACAUAGCUGUCCAGAAAAAAAGAACAAUGCAGUAGACAUCACAUAAUGAGAAUGCUUAAUUUGCCGAUAGUCAUUACUAGUCCACUACCUUAAAAAAAUUUUCCACUACAUUUGACUCAUCUUGAAGAUGCCAUAAAACAAUUUUCACUAUGCCAUUAUGUAAUUAUAAAUAAGAGCCAUUUAAGAAAAUCAUGUCUCAUUUUGACAUACACAUUAUUAUAAGACUUCUUAAAGCUAACAAAAUCCUGUGGGUAAUUAUAAUUCAGUUGUACUAAGAAUUAUGCAGCUUUGCAGUGGAAAAAUGUGCAACUUUAAAAAAAAUCUACCUGGUUCAAUUUAGAAAAUAGUUAAAAAUACAGGGGAAAACACGAGCAUGUAAGGUGGUUAUGCAGUACUGUCAAUUCUAUGUGUAUAGAACACCUCCAAAUAAAGGCUGUUACUUUAAAACCUGUUUAUAUAGGCCACUAUCCUCUCUCUUGGUAUAUAUAGCAUAUAUAGUGCAAAUUUACCUGUAUUGAAAGACCACUUUUCAACAAAGCUCACUUUUUCUCUUGUCCCAAAAGUUGGUCUUUACAGAUAGGUUUGACUGUAUUAGUAAAAAGUGAGUUUGAAGACCAGUCUCCAGACUCCAGCAUCUGAUUGACCAAUGGCAAGACAGCAUUUCUAGACUGGUUUCCAAAUUCAGUUUUAUAAACCUUGGAACCAGCAUACACUUGGUGCAUUCUGAGUUCAGUCAGGAACUUGACCACUGUCACAUUUGCAUCCUUAGACUGGUUACCAGACGCAAAAUUAAAAUUGUAGAACCAGUUUUAUAAAUUUUGUUUGUAAGAAAGCAGACGGAAAUGUUUACUUAAACACUUUGAUUCACUGUACUGGAAGCCUCUAUGGCUGUGUGGUUAAGGUCUCUGAUUUUGAAUAACUUGUCCCUCACUACUGGUGGUUCAAAACCUUGCUAAGGGUGUAGCAUUCUUCCAUAUGAUAAAGCCAUCCAGCAGACUUGUAAAGGUCUGGUCAAGUGCCUGUCUGUGGCGGAAAUAAUUCCCUCCACCAUCAAAAGCUGGAAGCUCGCCAUAUGACCUAUAAUUGUGCUGGUGUGAUGUUAAACCAAAAAAAAAAAGGUUAUUGUUAUUUAGUUAAGUUGAAUUUGAUGCGUUACAUUGUUACAGUCUAAAUCAAGGUGCAGCCGAGUGGUUUAGGGUUCCGACACAAAUGCCUUGCCACCUCCGUUGGUUUGAGCCCUGCUUUUGUUGUAAUGUGAGGAUGCCAACCAGCUGGCUUUUGGAAGGUUGGUGCUUCUACCAAAAUUAUCUUCCAGGCAAUUAUAGAUAAUGUAUUUUUCUGUUUACAAAAUUUAGGAGUCUUAUUAUAUAAACACAUAACAUCUCUAAGUAGAACAAUAGCUGAUAUUCUGAUAAUAUUUAUGAACUGUGUAAGGUCACUUUGAAUGGGAAUACUCUGUCAAACUGUCCAUUCAGUGCUGAUUAAAUAUUUACAUUACUAUGUGUUUUGUAUAGAAAGGAAAAACACUUUAAUUUUCGUCCAAACAACAUUGGUUCAAAAAAAUGAAUGGUGACCCUUUCCAUGAAUUUUGCAUAUUGGAGCUGAUGUCAUUCACCAAAAAAGAAACUGGUUUGUUUUAAAAAAAUACCUCCCAAUCAGUAACGAAAAUUUAAAUAAAAACAUUUUGGUGAAAAUGAAUUAGACUUACUUGACCGUUAUUAAGGAUAUUUUAAAUUUAAGUCGGAAAGGUGAAAUAUCAACUUGACAUUGGAUUUUUUUUGGCGCAUGGAUUCGCAAGUAGUCCCAGUGUGGUUUAUACCUAUCUAAAGGCAGAAAAAAUAACAUAAUAUUAUAAUCUUUAAAUAAAUAUCAGAAUUUGUUUUGCAAGCUUAAAUUUUUCUCCACUUCUAGUAUUUUGAAAACUUGUUCUGCUUAGAUAAUUAGAUAGAAAUUUGUUAAAUAGUUUAGUCUGGUAUAAGGGAGAAAUUGUUGUUGUUGUUGUUGUAACUUAAUAGGCAAGUUGUUUAAAAUUCGUACUGUACAUGUUAUUUGUAUCCUAUUCUAAGGUAUAAACUAUUCCAAAUAUUUAUAUUUGUAAUCAAUUUUUGAAUAAGUGCAUUGUUUAUACACUCAGUUAUAUUUUUAAGUUAAAUUUCUAUUACAUUUUUUUUGUAUUAAAAUUUUUAAUUUUGUGUAUAAGAGUUUUUGUGUUUGUGAGGUUAUGUUUGUCUAUGAACAUAAAAGAAUAAAUAUAGCAUAAGUAGGUUAUGAGUUCAUGAUAAGGUAUGGGUUUAUGGUCUGUCAUACAUAUUCUGUGGUCUGUUGCAAGCAUUUUAUUGAAACAUCUCGGAAACGCCUCAACUUGGUUAGAGUCAUCCUGUCAGAUUUAACGAAAUGGUUCAGCAUAAUUGCACUUAUGCAGCACCAGUUCCAUAAAUAGAAACCUUUGAAAAUUUGAAUGUAUUUUCUCCAAACUUGGUCAGAAAUGUUAUUAAUAGGUCAAGGUCAGGGAAGCAAAUUGUUUAUACUAUACCUAAGCCUGGUAAUCUACAGUUUACAAGGUUAAAAAUUUAUUACCUACACAGUCAAGCAAAUUUACUCUGUAGUAAUACAACUAAAUCCAGGAGACAAUUUAGCCCAUCUGCAGUACCACAGAUGAAUAAAUUUAACACUUUAAACCAGUAUUUCAGUCUGUGUAUAUGCUAUCGAAUACAAGUUAAUUUAGAAUGAAUGUUGCAAAUCUAUCAAUUAAAUUUUAAAUUUGAUUUCACCUUUAAUAAAUCAGAUGUUUUGAAAUGGUGUGUUAUGCUAUACUUGUUUCGCUAAUUAUCAAUUUCACUUAAGUCACAUAUUUCAAAAUGAUCACCAGGUGUGUGAUGGUAUACUGGUUUAACUCCUGUUUUUGUAGCACAAAUAUCUGAAAAUGUAAUGUAAAUAAAGGGAGUUUUGUACGAUUUCUUCUCAGAAGAUUACUACAUGUAGUUUGUAUGCACAACUAGACAAAAAAUGAUUAGAUGUGUGUUAGAAGGUUCACAAAAAUAAUAUUUGUCAGUUUAAUUAUAGUUGUAUGGUAACUUUGUGCAAUUUAGGCAAAAAUUUAAAUGAUUUGUUAGACUUUAAAGAAACAAAUGAGUCCCACUGUGCGAAAGCCAGCAUUGGGGUUUUGUGCCCAUCAGGAUCCAUAUUGUUCACUUAUCAGUUGCAUACAAGUGCUGAAAUUAAUAAACAAACGGUAAAGAUGUAGGGAUAAACAAACAGUAAAUUAACAGUAUGGAUGGGCGCUAAUCUUAAUCCUUGCUGGUCACAAAGCUCAAUUGUUAGUAUCCACACAGUGGCACUCAGAUGAAAAAAGUAACUCUUUUGCUAUAAACAUAUGUUGGCCUAUCAUUUAUUUGUUGCUUUAGAAUUUGUUGAGCAGAAAGUUAGUGGGUGGGGUAAUAUUGUGUUUGAUACUAACUUUAGCUUUGUAUGUACAUCUUUGUUUUACACUAUCUGUGAGAUCUCAUGUGUUUUAAUUGUUAAAAAAAAAAAGGAUCCAGGCCAUAGUUUACAGUUUAAAUGUACCUUUUUGUCUAGUGACAUCUAAUAUAAUACUGUAGAAUUCCUCUGUAAGACCAUUCCAAAAUAAGAACUCUUAUUUGAACAAACCAUAUCCUUGGUUAUAGUAAUAAUGGUCAAUGCAGGUAUCUGUAAUUUUCUGUGUUUCUUGAUAUGAUAUGUGCUAUGUGUGAAAUAAACUAUAAUAAAAAUCACCAUAGAUUGAAGUCACUUGAUCUGUUUACAAAUUUGUCAUUUGUGAAGUGAUCAAUAAACUGAUAUGUCAAAAUA